CUCUCUCUCUCUCUCUCUUCUUUUUUAAACCCACCAUCUAAUGUCUCCCACCCCAAACAUUCAUCAACAAAAACAAAACCAAACCAACUCCCACCCAAAAAGGUCACUCUUUUCAUCUUAUCCCUCACCCUAUUUCUGCUUUUGUCUUUCUAUUCGUUCUCUUUUCUCCUCCCUAACUCAAAAGGUAGAACAUAUGUGGCAAGCACAGGCCAGCAAAUCUUCUUAUGGAGAAUCUAUCAAAGCUCUUGAAGCUGACAUACAACAUGCCAAUAGCUUGGCAGCUGCUCUUCCCAAAGAUUAUGGUGGGAACUGCAUCCAAAUGAGAUUAUCUUAUAGCCCCUUUGCCCCCAUUUUCCUGUACUUCAUUGAAUGGAUGGAUUAUAGUUGCACUGAUAUACUCCCCAAUUAUUUAGGCCUUCUCCACAUACUUGUAUACAAGGUUUAUAUGGAUGGAAUGCCUUCAAUGUCCUCCAAAGAACAGAAGGUCACUUUAAGGGAAUUUUAUGCUGUGAUAUACCCUUAUCUUAGACAACUUGAAGGCGAGUUUAACGAACUGGAAGAUAAUAAUAAUCAUAAUUACAAUAAUAAGAAAAGCCGAUGCACAGAUGUUUUGAGCCGAAAGAAGAUGGAAGGCUGGAGGAAGCUGUCGGAUAAAGAUCAAGAUAGAGAUGAUGAAUGUGGAAUAUGCAUGGAAAACUGUACAAAGAUGGUGUUGCCCAACUGUGGGCAUUCCAUGUGCAUCACCUGCUUCCAUAAUUGGUACCAUCAAUUGCCCUUUUCACUUGUUCUUGUUUAAGAAAAUUGGAAAGCAUUUUACACACUGGGGAUAACCUGUGAAAAUAUUUGUUCUGUGAUGUA